UCAGUUGGCGGAGGAGGAAGAUGGCGGCGCGGGAGAGCGAGGUGGCGGCGGGUGAGGCGGCGGCGACGGCGAACGGUGAGGUUGGCAGUGAGGUGGUAGCUGAUGGACAGGUCCAGGUCUCAGAAGCUAAUCGGGUCGAGACACGACCACCGCAGCAACAACAGCAACAACCUCCCAAUGCCUGGCAAGUGAUAAAAGGUGUUUUAUUCAGGAUUUUUAUCAUCUGGCUUAUAAGCAGUUGGUUCCGUCGAGGAAGUGCACCUCCAGAGCAGAGCGAUCCAACCGGGACAGUGCGGCAGCCAAGUCGCAAUCUUUUCCCCAAAGACACACUUAUGGACCUGCGAGUUUAUAUCUCGGAGAAUGAACACUUCACAGAAUUUAAUAACAGUGCUCCACUUUUUUGGGAACAUCUGGACCUGGUAUAUGGAGACUGGACAAGUGGAGAGUCAGGGACAGGAUGUUAUGAGCACUAUGGAGAAAUAGAAACAACUGAGCAUAUAAGAUCCAAUGGUUCUAUGUACAUUCACAUAUAUUUCACCAAGAGCGGGUUUCAUCCAGAUCCAAUGAGGAAAGCACAAUACAGGCGCCUAGCCACAGUGUCCACAACAAGAAUGUUAAACAAGUACAAGAGGAGAAAGUUUCAAAAGACAAAAAAUCUUCUAACUGGGCAGACAGAGGCUGAUCCUGAAAUAAUUAAGCGAGCGGAAGACUAUGGGCCAGUUGAAAUCAUUUCUCACUGGCACCCAAACCUCACAGUUCAUGUAGUGGAUGAUCACACAUCAUGGGCAAUGGGUGCAGUGCCGCCACCUCUUGAUCAGUAUGUGAAGUUUGACCCCGUCAGUGGUGACUAUUAUCCAAUCAUUUACUUCAAUGAUUACUGGAACCUGCAGAAGGACUACUUUCCCAUCAACGAGUCACUGGACAAGCUCCCCUUGCGAAUGACCUACUGCCCCUUGUCACUGUGGAAAUGGCAGUUGUAUGCUGCACAAAGUACCAAGUCACCCUGGAAUUUCCUGGGGGAGGAUUUGUAUGAACAACCAGAUGAGGAACAGGAUUCCGUGAAGGUUGCAUUAUUGGAAACCAACCCGUAUCUCCUGGCAGUAACUAUUAUCGUGUCAAUUGUACACAGUGUAUUUGAAUUCCUGGCCUUCAAAAAUGACAUUCAAUUUUGGAACAGUCGCCAGUCUCUGGAGGGGCUGUCUGUACGUUCCGUGAUAUUUGGUGUCUUCCAGUCUGGUGUUGUCCUGCUCUACAUUUUGGACAACGAGACCAACUUUGUGGUUCAGGUCAGCGUAUUUAUUGGCCUCUUGAUUGAUCUUUGGAAGAUCACCAAAGUCAUGGAUGUGAAGGUUGACCGUGAAAAUAAAGUGGCAGGAAUCUUCCCACGCUUGACAUUAAAAGAUAAAUCAACAUAUGUACAGUCCUCGACUAAGAACUAUGAUGAUAUGGCUUUUAAAUAUUUGUCCUGGAUUCUCUUUCCAUUGUUGGGCUGCUAUGCUGUCUAUAGCCUGUUGUAUUUGGAGCACAAAAGCUGGUAUUCCUGGGUAUUGAGCAUGCUCUAUGGUUUCUUAUUGACAUUUGGGUUUAUAACAAUGACACCACAGCUAUUCAUUAAUUAUAAGCUGAAGUCAGUAGCCCAUCUCCCAUGGAGGAUGCUAACCUACAAAGCACUAAAUACUUUUAUUGAUGACCUCUUUGCGUUCGUAAUCAAAAUGCCAAUGAUGUACAGAAUAGGAUGUUUGAGAGAUGAUGUGGUGUUUUUUAUCUACCUGUACCAACGCUGGAUCUAUCGAGUAGAUCCCACCCGAAUGAAUGAAUUUGGGACAAGUGGGGAAGAUAUUGUGAAGAAAUCAAAAGAAGAUAGUUCCCCAAAAGCUGUAAUGGAGAAAGCAGAGGGAGAGAAAAAAAAUGAUUAAAUGUAAAUCUUUGUAUUGUCAAACCUUAAUGUUUCACUGUAAAGGCAGAAGUGACACCAUGGACUGUAAUAAUCAAUCUCCCGAUUUUUGUAUUAAUAUAAUCCUGUUGAAGAUAAGUGAAUUUGAAGUCCAGGUUAAUGUGCUGUACUGUAUUUGUUCUGAAACAUAUCUGUAUUUAAGUAUGAUAACUUUGUAAUCAUUGUAUUCCUUUGUGGAAUAUUUGGUACAUUAAAUUGCUAAUAACGUUUAAAUUGCAGCCAUUUGUUGAAAGGGCAGCCUCUGUUUAUUUAGAGGGGAGAAAUAACAGAUUUUAGUAAUAAAGAUUCUAUUCCAUUCAUCUGAAAUUCUGAUUCCUGUUUCAAUAAACACACCAAUGUUAAUUUAUUAGCUGUGGAACUAAUUUUGAAGCGGGAUUUAUGUGAACUUGUUAGCCUCGCCAGUGAAUAUUUGUUAAAGGUUUAAUACAAUUGCAUUUAAGAAAAUUUCCUAAAAGUGUUGAUUCCAAGGCCAUCUAGCAGCUGCUGACGUAGGUGGGUAUUUCUGUGCAGAAUACCCUGUUGUGAAUAUGGUGUUUAUUUCUAAUAAUAGAAUCCAUCUUAAAAACUGUUUGUGCAAAUUACUCGAACGGUGCUCAGAAUUAAUAUUUACUUGUGUCUAAAUUGCAGCACCAAAAUAAAAGUAGAGGUUAGUUGAUUUAAAAUCAGUUCCUGCCUCUGGUG